GCUGGCCCACCCUCGGUCGCCGAGUUGCGGGCGGCCUGCCAUCGUCAGAACCUGUCUACAGCUGGCUGCGUGGAGCGCGCAGAUCUUGAGCGUGUUCUACUUGAGGCCGCAGAGAUCACGCCCAUUGCGCUCAGCCUUGCUGCAUGCAAGGACCGACUGCGCAGCGCGACCCUACCCCUGGAUGCCGUGGGUGUGGCACCGCCGCAGACGGACUCUCCACGCUCGCCGGUGUCCCCUUCACGGGUGUCGGCUGCCCCAGGCACCGGCGAGGAGGAGGAAGAGGAGGAGGAUGCUGACGUCUCCCCAGCCUCUUCGCCGGUGGGGAAGCGGCCGUCAAAGCAGCCGGCGCGUGCGGCUUCCGAUGCGUCGACAGCGCUGCCCUCCCCUGCCAGCUACGCAAGUGCCAGUGCGAAAGGAUCGCCUUCCUCUGCACGAGGCUCCAGCAAAGGCACCUUGCCCGAGCGCGCUCGCGGAGGCUCCAAGACCAGACCACCUGGCAGCACGGCCGCGGCUGCCGCUCCUGGGCCGGCCUUGCGCGCGGAGCGGGCGCCUGCACGAGGGCCGAAGCGGAAGGCCGAGCCACGGCCGCCCGAGCUUGAGAUGGAUCUCGUGGAGUCACCCCUCGACCAGUCCCGCGGCUCGCGGGCCUCGCGCGGGAGCCUCCGGCGCACGGCCACCUGGACCUCGUCGCCCCAGAGGCCGACCACGCCGCAUCUUAGUGUCCCGGCGAGCCCGCCACGAAAGCUGCAACGGCACCCGACCGAGCCGGCUCUCGCCAGACGGGGAAGGGACGCUCCGUCACCAAGUGGCGGCAGCCGUCCUCCAGCGAGUCCUUCUCAGCUGCCAAAGGUGCGAGAGGAGUGA